UAAAAAUAUGAAUACUUCAAUCCAGCGCGAUAAUACCUGAUAGUGGUGGAUUUGACGCGUAAUUCAAAAGAGGCGGCGGAGACUGGCUGCUGGCUGGCUGGCGCCCGCUAGUCUUUAAAAAAUUUGCUACUUUUUAUGAUCCUCAGAACCAGAAAGUUCAUCAUUCACUUUAUCGUUUAAGAGAACUCAACAAAAAUCCUAAUUCUUAUUAUCGAAUCCAGUGAAAUAUGGAGCCUUUGAUGGAGAACGAAGAGUACAAUUGGAGGGAAGUGGUGCUUCCCUCGCUCAUACCGGUGGUUCCGCCGCCUGAACUGGACAGGGAGACCGGGGAGCGGCGAAGAGGCCGCGACAUUAUCAUUGCUAUCGAUCACGGCCCCAACAGCAAGCACGCUUUUGAUUGGGCCGUCACUCAUCUCUGCCGUCUCGCCGAUACCAUCCAUCUCGUCCACGCCGUCUCCAGUAUGAUUUCAUUUACCUCCGCCAUCUCACGCACUCUGCCUUUUUUUUUUUUUCUUCUAAUUUUUAUGUUUUUGCUAGACGUGAGAAAUGAGAUUGUGUACGAGAUGACACAAGGACUUAUGGAGAAGCUUUCUGUUGAAGCUUUUGAGGUUGCCAUGGUAAAGACAAAGGCUAGGAUUGUGGAAGGAGAUGCUGGUAAGGCAAUAUGCAAGGAAGCAGACAGGUUGAAGCCUGCAGCUCUGGUCAUGGGUACAAGGGGCAGAAGCUUAUUCCAAAGUGUUUUGCAAGGAAGUGUAAGUGAGUAUUGCUUUCACAAUUGUAAAGCAGCCCCUGUAAUUAUAGUGCCUGGGAAAGGCGCUGGUGAUGAAUCUGUGCUCUAGUGGAACUCCUGAUUCCCAAAUGAUGAUUGACUUCAUUUUACGUGUGAUGAGUGCUCAUGGUCAUGUAUGUAGUAGUAGUAGCCGCAGCUGUUUUAUUUAGGUUCCUUCCUAAGUAUUGUUGAUUGAUAUAGGAAGAUAUAUGUAAUUCAUUAAUGUUGUAUGUAUGUAUUUAAGACAGGUCGUUAAAAUCACUUAACUUGUUGACAGUGCAAUUCUAUCUUAUGAUUAUGAUUGAUUGG